AUGGGCCCAGGAGUUGCAACUAAGAAGAAAAUAACAUCUAAUCGAAUCACAUGCACCAAUGAACAACUGAUGGAACAACUUCAGCGAACUUGGUCUUUGGAAAAUUCUAAUACUGAUAUAGAAGAAGAUUCUAUAGAGGAUAGGAGAGCUAGAAGUGUACUGGCGAAAACUACGAAACAACUGAGUUCCAAACACUACGAGAUAGGGCUCCUAUGGAAAUAUGAUGACCAUUCGUUACCUUGCAACAGGCCUAUGGUGGAAAGCAGACUGGCUUCACUUAAACGCAAACUCAGUGGUGACAGGGAUUUGAAGGAGAAAUAUGUCGAAACAGUUGAAUCGUACAUCUCCAAUGGUUAUGCUGAACCUGCUGAAGACAAACAAGGACAAGAUGCUUGGUAUUUGCCUCAUCAUCCCGUGAUAAAUCCACACAAAGCAGGAAAUGUCAGAAUAGUCUUUGACUGUGCUGCGAAAUGGAGAGGGACGUCAUUAAACGAUAACCUGAUUAAGGGUCCAGAAAUGACCAGCAACUUAGUGCAGGUAUUAUUACGAUUUCGACAGGAACGAAUUGCCCUGGUUGCGGACGUUGAAAGUAUGUUUCACCAAGUACAAGUCAGGCCAGAGGAUAGAGAUAACUUAAGGUUCUUAUGGUGGAAGAACGGCGACAUCAGCAAAGCCCCUAGCGAUUACAGGAUGACUGUUCACUUAUUCGGAGCGACCUCAUCUCCUUGCUGCGCUGGUUACGCGUUACGUCGCACCGCCGAUGAUCAAGAACUUAAAAACUUAGAUGUAAUUGGUAAGCGAGCAAUUGAUGUCAUUCGUAAUGGCUUUUACGUUGAAGACUGCCUUACUUCAGUCGGGACAACUGAAGAGGCUAUAGAGUUGGCACAUCGAUUGCGAAACAUCCUGCAAAAUGGUGGUUUUCGUUUAACCAAAUGGGUGAGUAGUGAUCGUAGUGUUCUUGACUCAAUUCCAGAAACUGAAAGAGCCCCAUCUGUUCCUGUUAAUUUAGAUCACCUACCAACCGAGAGAACGUUGGGUGUUAGUUGGGAUGCGGAGACAGAUAUGUUUAAGUUUGAGGUUGAGCUAAAGGAGAAGCCAUGUACAAGAAGAGGUAUUUUGUCUGUAACCAGUUCUAUUUACGACCCCCUCGGAUUUGCGGCUCCAUUUGUCUUGUUCGCGAAGUCAUUGUUACAGACUGUAUGCAGGAGAAGCUCCGAGUGGGAUGAUCAGCUACAACCGCAGGAAAUACAGGUAUGGAAUCAGUGGACCUCUUCUAUCACUGACUUACAUAAAGUUAAAGUUCCACGUUGGCUGAAGUAA